AUGACAGAAAAGUUUGCAGAAGGCAUAGUAGAGCAGUAUUCAAUCAACAUAGUGCUGCUGUCUAUUCUCUGUGCAGGCAUAUUGUAUCUGUAUGUAGAGUCUAUGCUGGCAAGGAAGGGUCGGGCAUGCUCUGACAUACCCACUUCUAUAAAGGCAGGCGCCAUGAAUAGCAUGCAUAGCCCCGAAUCUGCAGGCACAGACGGCAAACAGUAA